CGCUGAGUGUUGGAAAUGAUGAGGAGGAAAAACGGGAAAAGGGAAAAAAACAGGAGUCGGAGGAGAGACGCUGUUUACUUCACUUGAUGAAUGCACUUUUUAGUCACUUUUUCAAGAACUUUACUCAAGUCUGAAACAAUCAACAUGCUUUAAAUUCCCGCCUUUACAUUUUAAAGUAUUUUCAAAUUGGCAGAAACCAAAGCUUCUUGGGUGCUGGUCAUGGGGAGCUUUAAGGGCCACGCGCUACCCGGAACCUUCUUCCUGCUGGGCGGGCUCUGGUGGACGGCCAAGUUCUCGCUGUGUCACGCCACUCGCAGGAACAGGAACAUCGGCUCCACGCGACUUACGAGCCGGGCGUCACAGCGCCGCCUGGAGGUGGUGGAAUGUUCCCUCAUCCUCUUCUUCUCCUUUGUGGGCAUCCUGGCAGAGCAGUUCCUGGCAGACGGGCCACGCCUCCAGCUGUACGACUCCUCAGAGAAGCAGUGGAAAGAUGUGAUGAACUGGCAGCACGCCACCAUGUAUCUCUUCUUCGGCCUGGCAGGAGGCGUGUCGCUGAUGGUGCACACCACGGACGCCAUGCCGCUGGCACUGGACAGGCUGAUGAUGGCGCUGGCCUUCUUCAACGAAGGGUUCCUCUUCCUGUACCACCUGCACGGCAGGAAGCUGCUGGACGUGCACCUGCACACACUGCUGCUCCACGCCGUGAUGGGCGGAGCCUGCGUGUGCUUCCUGGAGCUCUUCCAGCGAGGCAACGUCCUGCUGGAGCUGCUGCGCUGCGCCCUCACGCUGCUGCAGGGCAGCUGGUUCUGGCAGAUCGGCUUCGUGCUCUACCCCCCCGGGGGCCCCGCCUGGGACCCCGAGGACCACGGCAACGUGAUGUUCCUCACCAUGUGCUACUCCUGGCACCUCGCCUUCGCCCUGAUGCUUGUGGGCGUGGUCUACUGCGCCGUCGGAUGUGCGGUGCGCUCCCGACUGAAGAAGACCCCGCCGGUUGAAAUGGGCCUGCUUAAGCCCAGAGACAAGGAGGCUGAGUCCGAGGACGAGGUCUUGUGACCCGGGGCGAGACCAGACGUCCUUUUACUUCAGGGAUCCAGGGUGAGCCUCAAGAAGCAAAGCGACGUAUUUCAAAAGCUUGAAUAAAUCACUUCUUGGAGGCGUGACGGCACACCGCCAUCUUGUGGCCAGUAUUUGUAUUGUUUAGCUACCACACCACACCUGCCUGUCUCUGUCUCGCGCCAUCUUCGCUUAUUUUAUCGCCGCUUAGCGUCUUCAAAGUGUUCCGAUGUCAGAGGAAGUAAACAAACGCACUUUACUUGACCAAAUAUCUCGUUUUCAUGUGUGUCCUUUUUUGUUGUUUAUGAAUAAACAUCCCAUUAAAACACUGCUCCAAA